ACAUCCGAAAAAUGGCUUUCUGCACCAAACUCGGCGGUCACUUGAAACAAAACAGGAACGUUCCAGUGACAUCAAUGCUCGGUUCUCUCCGGGACAUGUCCACAAAACUCUUCAUUGGUGGUCUAUCACCCGGAACUAACGACCAGGCCUUGAAGGAUGCUUUCUCUAGCUUCAAUGGAGUAACAGAGGCAACUGUCAUGACAAACAAAGUCACUGGGAGGUCUCGAGGUUACGGAUUUGUUAACUUCGCCAAUGCGGAUUCUGCAAACUCUGCUAUUUCAGCUAUGGAUGGACAGGAGUUGAAUGGGUUUAACAUCCGUGUAAACGCUGCAAAAGAAUGGCCAAGCUUGCCAUUGUCUUUGAACGAGAGUAAAGACGACGAGAAGAAAGGUAGCAAGACGGUGAGCCGAUCUGUAUGGAGAGACCCGUUCGUUGAUGCGUUCUUGAUGAAGAAGAAAAACGGACCUCUGAACAGGAAGAUAUGGUCACGGAGGUCGACGAUUCUACCGGAGUAUGUUGAUUCCUCUGUGGGAAUCUACAAUGGCAAAACUCAUGUGCGUUGUAAGAUCACAGAGGGGAAAGUUGGGCACAAGUUUGGAGAGUUUGCGUUUACAAGAAAAGUGACGAAGCAUCCUAGAGCA